CAAGCACGACUAUGGCUGCAAAAGGAGGCGAAACCGACGAUCUCAAGACAGAUAUCGUCACUCUUACUGCCCACAUACUUGCUGGCCAGCAGGUGCACAAGGACGCUACUGGUGAUCUAACUAUCUUGCUCGCUUCCAUCUCUACCGCUUGCAAAUGGAUUUCUAAUGUUGUGCGCAAGGCCGAACUACUGAAUGUCAUUGGGGUUACUGGCACCACCAAUGUUCAGGAAGAAAAUGUUCAAAAGCUAGAUAUUCUUUCAAAUGAGAUCAUGAUCAACAUGCUCAAAGGCUGUGGAAAAGCAUCUUUGCUGAUUUCUGAAGAAAAUGAAGAGCCUAUCUACUGCGAUGGCCAGCACGGAAAGUACUGCGUCGUGUUUGAUCCUCUGGAUGGUUCUUCAAACAUCGAUUGUGGUGUCUCUGUCGGAACAAUCUUUGGUGUCUAUAAAGUGAAAGAUGGAUCUGCUAAAGCCACUCUUGCUGAUGUACUUUGCCCAGGAAGCGAGUUGAUUGCUGGAGGCUACUGUAUGUAUGGCUCCAGCACUGUAUUGGUGCUUGCCAUGGGCGGAAACGUCAAUGGAUACACACUAGAUCCAAAUAUCGGCGAAUUUCUUUUGACCCAUCGCGAUAUGAAACUUGGCAAAAAGAAAAUAUACUCUCUCAAUGAAGGAUAUGCUAAUUCUUUUGAUCCUGCCAUCAAAGGCUAUCUUGAUACUCUCAAAUUUCCAUCUGAAAACCAGGUUGGAAAGUUUACUCCAUACUCUGCUCGCUAUGUUGGUUCGAUGGUGGCCGAUAUGCAUCGAACUCUUCUCUAUGGAGGUGUUUUCCUUUACCCUGGUGCAAAACUCCGUAUGCUAUACGAGUGCUUCCCAAUGGCUCUUUUGGUUGAAGCUGCUGGUGGUAAGGCUUCCAACGGUACUACUCGUAUUCUCGAUCUUGUACCAAAGGCAAUUCAUGAUCGUUCUUGCAUAUUCUUGGGUACAAGUUCUGAAGUUGACGCCAUUGAGGAAUGGUUUGCUAAAACUGCCAAAAAAUGAAUACAUGACGCUGAUGUAUCGUUGUUUUAAAU